AAAUUCAAAAUCUGUAUCAGUUCCUCGCUUCCGAUUGAAUCGAACAUAGUUAGCUGAAUAUGACUUCUUCAUUGAGUAUUAUCGUCUUGUGCUUGUUGGGAGCAGUGAGGGCAGGACAUCAUCUUGGAGCAACAAGUUAUUCUGUUUUGACCAAACAUGAAGUUCCUCACCCUAUUCAUGGAAAUUAUAUACUUCCUGUCUUGGAACAUGGUCACGCACCGGUCGAAGCACAUAUUAAGCACUACGAGCCAACGCAUUACCCCAAGUACAGUUUCGAUUAUGGUGUAAAAGAUGCCCAUACCGGAGAUCAAAAGAGUCAAUGGGAACACCGUGAUGGAGACCACGUCAAGGGCGGGUAUACUCUUAAGGAAGCCGAUGGUACCACUCGAGUUGUGGAAUAUACAGCUGAUGAUCACUCUGGAUUUAAUGCAGUAGUCAAAAAUAUCGGUCACGCUUAUCAUCCAGCCGUGACUGUGCACCAUGAGCUUGGUGGACACGGGGAACACAGCUAUGACCAUGGACAUGGGUCAGCUAGUAGUUACGUCAAUGUCAAGCAUCACAUUUAAGUGAAGGAGGAAAUAUGGAAACGGAUCACCAAGGCACCAAAAAAUGUAUUAUUUAAGUUUUACUAGUAUUUGUAAAAACUAUAGAUU